UACACAUAAACAGCAACAAAAACAAAGUGCUUUAACACGAACACACAGAGAAGUAGAAAGUUUAAAGGAGCAACAUAAACAAAAACGAAGUAAACUUGAUUUUAAGCUUUAAAGUGUCACCGCCAAGACGUACGCACGAAAAAUGUUUUGGGACAAGGGUUAUGCGCCCUCAGCGAAUAUAGAGGCGCUUUUAGAGAAGGAGAAUACCACGCUCGAGGAAUUCCUAGAUGAGGAGGACAUACUGCAGGAGUGCAAAACGCAAAAGAAAAAUCUUGUAAACUAUUUCACACGUCCUGAAGUUAUUAAGCGACUCGUUCAACUAAUCACAACCGAACCCUCUGAGGAUGUACCCAUGGUGCAGCGUUUUCGCUAUGCGAAUAUGUCAUGUGAGAUACUCACGCUCGGCCUACCGUCCCUAGAUGAGAAACUUCUGUCCGAUGCCGACACACUACAGUUGCUGUAUUCAUAUCUGGAAAAAGAACCACCGUUAAAUCCAUUGCUAUCAUCGUUUUUUAGUAAAACGUUUAGCAUGCUCUUUACCAAAAAGCCUGAACAAGAUUGGUUUUUGUAUCAACAUAUGUGCCUACAACUCUUGGAGUACAUUAAAUCACAAAAGAAUUUUUUGGAUUUAAUUUGUAAACACUUCGACACUCCGGUUAUACCCGAUUUAAUAAUGCAAAUGAUGAAGGACAUCGAAGGCGGUCAGCUGAAGCGCAAUCUUUAUGAAUGGCUUACUGAGGAUAAACUUGUUGAGAGACUGAUUGCAAUAUUGCGUAAUCCUCAAGAAACCGACAAACAUGGAAAUGUUGCGGAAUUUUUCUGUGAUCUUAUCAAUCAAGGUCGUUCCAUGCGUCAGACCGAACAGGAGAACGAUUCAUUUGAACCGGCAUUUGAUGGUUCCAAUCCCAUAUUGAAAACCAUUGAAUCCGCAGAGACAGUUGAAGCCUUGUUAAAUGUGAUUUUGGAACCAAACGCUGUCGAAAGCGCCAUCUUAUCAGGAAUAUCAGUUGUACUUACGCUUAUUAGGCCCAUUACUUUCACUGAUGAGCCCAAUUCGGAUCGUCAAAGGCUACUGCAGAAACGCGAACGUGAGUUCCAUCAGGAAGUUCAGGAGACUGUUAUCACUGUGAUGGCACCCCGCUUAUCGGAAUUUGUGCACAUACUCAAAAACCCGCCUGUGAAACCAAUGCUGGAGACAACAGCUACUGUCCUUACUCCACCCUUUGGCAAGACACGCCUGCAAGUGUGUCGCGUUUUUACAGCACUUUUAGAAACCAGACAUGAGAUCGUACAACAGGCUAUCUGUGCCACAGACUACUUUAGUCUGUUGUUGGAGUACUUUAAGCAAUAUUGCUGGAAUAAUUUUCUGCAUACGGAACUUGAAAAGGCAAUGCAUAUUGUCUUCUACAACGAACUUUCCAACAACAAGACGAUUUCAACGGAGUGCAACGAUAUGUCUUAUUGCAAGCAGAUGACCAGUGACGAUUACAUUUUCAACUGCUUUAUGAAAACCGACGACGAUGCAUCGGAUACUACAGAAGUUGAAGUAAAGAACGCACUGAACAACGCAAAACGUGCUGAAGGUGGCAGAGAAAAUCAACCUAUAAAUGAUGAAGGCAUCGAAAUCGAGACUGCUGCGGUUGAUGCUGCGUCGUCAGUACAAAACGAAGAGCUAAAUGAUCAGCUAGCUAGAGAAGAAACCGAAGAAAUGGAGUUGCAAAAAGAAGAGGAGAUCACGGAACAUCUAGUUGAAAAGGAAACUAUUGAAGCAGAUAUCGUCGCUGAUAGUGCCGCAAUUGAAACGACAGAAGCCGCAAUUAAUGAUGUUGACAAAACUAAAGUCGUAAAUAACGCACCGCCUACUGAAAUGCAAACGCAUUUAAUCGUCAAUUGUCAUUUGGUGUCAAAGCUAGUUGCAUAUUGGCAGCACAAUGCACAGGAGCAAGCUGCUGAGAAGGGGCGCCGCCUGGGCUACAUGGGCCACCUCAUCAAAAUAUUGCGGCAUAUUACAAAUUGUAUAUCAGAAUCUGAACAUAUCGGGGCCCUAAUCACGACGAGUCUCAUCGAUGAAGCAGAAACAAAGUUAUGGCAAUCGCUGAUUGAUGCGGAGGAUGGAGAAUUCACGCAAGCUGUGAAAUUGCAGUCCAAAUUGUUGGCCAAUUGCAAUCCACACGAAGAGAACGAAUACAACGCGCAAAUCACAAAAGAUUUUCUGUGCGAGACAAGUGCCUGGAAUGUUGGAGCUCUUUCUUACAGCAAUAUGGGAUACAAUGACCUUGACGGUACGCUCCAGGAUAUUGUAUUCAAUAUGGAUCACGAUCAAAAUCUGUUUGAGUUUACACGCAACCUUAAUGAUGAUGAUGAAGACGACGAUGAGCACUCUGGUGCUGGCGGUGGCGACGGGCACGGUUUAUUGAGUAAGAGUUCGGUGACACUAAACAAUCUAUCUGCCGAUCCAUGGGACAUGGAUGUACAUUUUGUAAGCACAGAUGGUAACACUGGCACUGAAAGCUGGGGCGCUGACUUCAACAGUGUCAACUUUGCCGAUUUCGAUGCUCAUUUUAGCACACUUAGCAGCGAUCUAGGCAUGCCAAGUACACAGGCGUCUGUCAAUGCCACAGAGACGACAGAAACGGCUAUCACUUCGUCCUCAAUUGAUGAUGAGAAACAAGAGGAUGAGGUAAAAAAGGCAUCAAAACUUUCACCAGACAACGCAGCCAAUGAUUCCGAGCAGGCGGAAUAUGACAAUAAUGCAAAUGUGGAGAAAACAUUGAGUGUGUCAAGUGAUAAAGCAAAUGAUUCAAAUGAUUUGAGUUUAGCGUCAACCACCACAGCGACAAACAUUGAAGCCACUUCCAUUGUAAGUCGCUUGCAGUCAGUGCUGCUGGAUGGCGAAGAUGACUACGAGGACGAUGAGGGAAUGUGGACUAAGCCAUUAGGUAGAGAGCUUGAAGCAGAGGACGAACCGCUAGGGCCCAUUGUAAAUGGACCGAGCCACAAGCAAGUGACCGAAUUUACUAAUGCCAGUCAAAAUAAUGACAACAAUAGCAGCAAUAACAUCGCCGGCGACGACUUGACGAACCAGCACAAAUUGUCGGUCAAUGUCACAGCUCCUUCAACACCAACAACAACAUCGGCUGCAAAGAAUGUUGAAAUUUCAACUAAUAGCACAUAAAUGUAACUUUCUUGGAAAAUGUCUUUCACUUGAAGAACAAAAGAGAUCAGCAACAGCAACUGCAAUUGUAUAAAAUGAAAACUGUGUCGAAAA